ACUUACUUUUCAAAGACAACAAUGCCGCGAUCUGUCUCGCGCUCCAGAUCCAACUCCAGAUCACGAUCCAGAUCACGAUCGCCCUCCAGAUCCCGGUCUCGGUCUCGGUCUCGGUCUCGGUCUCGCUCUCCAUCCAGAUCCCGGUCUCGGUCCCGGUCGCGGUCGCCCAGACGAAGCAGCUCGUCGUCAUCGCGUCGACGCUCGUCCAGCGAUCGCCAUUCGCACCGCGACGACCGCCGCGAUUACAGCAGCUCGUCGUCGUCGUCCUCGAGACGCAGCCGCGACCGCGAGCGCGAACGAGAACGAGAACGAGAACGAGAACGAGAACGAGAGCGAGAACGAGCGAGACGAGCCGACUUCUACCGAGACGCAGCCAAGCGCGCGUCGUCCGACACACAGUCGCAGUCGCAGUCGCAGUCGCAGCAGCCUGCGCAAGGACACGCUCAAGCUCAAGUGGCGCCACUGUCAGCGGCGGCUGCGGCGACGCAGGUGGCACCCAGCGAGGGCGCGGGUCAUCCUGCUGCUGCUGCUUCUACUGAUGGUGCUUCAAUGUCGACGACCACUCGACCGUCGAAUGCGACAAGUGCUGCUCAGACUACUACUCAAACGACUCAUAACACUUCUGCGACGACAAGCCGUCCGUCAAGCUCGAGCGCUGGCCCUUCCACUGCUGCAUCGUCGUCCUCGUCCUCGUCCUCAUCGUCAGGCGCAAAACCCUCUUCGUCGAGAACGUCCGGAUCGUCGACGUCACUGCCUCCGUCAUCGUCGCAUGGCAGCGCGUCGCAUUCGUCCCACUCACGAUCAAGUGGCAGCUCUAGCUCGAGCAGCAGCAGAGGACACGGCUCUUCGCACUCGAGCAGCUCGUCGUCGUCCUCGUCCUCGUCCAGCCGCACCACCCGAACUGAAGCACCGGCACCAGCAGCAGAUUCGCUCGAGCAUCUUGAAGAGGAAGAGGACGAAGACGUCGUGAUUGAGCGUCAACGGCAGCGCCGUCAAGAACUCUUAAAGCGCCUUGCGUCGCAGCCAACCCCUGCAGCAACCCAGCCACAACCCAUGGAUGUCGCUUCAACCGCUUCGUCGCAACCGCUCAAAUUGCUACCAUCGACACAGCAGCAAAUCUUUGAGCAGCAGCAGCAGCAGCAACAACAACACACAUCGAAACUCUAUGGUGGCAAGUCCGUUGCUGGAGACAGCGAUUCCGAGUCAGAGGUUGAAGGCUCUGGCUUCUCCACGGGCCGAAACUCGGUGUCCUCACGAGGCUCCGUGUCGCAGUCUCCACUUCCAGGAGCGGACGACGGGUCGGAAGACGCUGCGCUUCGCGAGACCAUGGAGGCGCAGGACAUUGUUCUGGCCAAAACGGACGAAGGGGUCGAUACCUCGCAGCCGAUGGACACUUCUGGCUCCAUCGCAGGCGGUGCGGCCAUUGUUUACGCAGAUCAAGAAGACGAACUGGAUGCGCGGCACGGCGCCCACGGAGUUGAAGACCACGAGGACGAUCGCAAAGCAGCCAAGGCCAUCAACAACAACAACAACUCGGAUGCUGCUGCUGCAACGGCAGUUUCCAAGCCGGUGGUGCGGCCCACCACCAAUGUGAGUGGUGUUGUUGGUGACAUGUUUGCGGAAGAUGAUGAGACAGCGUUGGUGGCUGUGCAACAUUUGCCAGCACGCAUGAUUCCAGCUGCGUUUGGCGGACUGGGUGCCGAUGAUUCUCAGGCUGCCCUGCACGAGAAUUGGGACGACGGCGAGGGAUACUACAAGGCCACCAUCGGAGAGAUUGUGGGAGGAUGCUACCAGGUCGUCAACUACAGCAACAAGGGCGUGUUUUCGAACGUCAUCCGAGCCAAGGACCUGAGUCCUGGCGGUGUGAUUCAGCUGCCGGACGGCACGACAGGCGUUCGCGAGGUUGCCAUCAAGAUUUUGCGUGCGAACGACUUGAUGAGCAAGGCCGGAUUGAAGGAGGUGGAGAUUUUGAAAAAGUUAAACACGGCCGACCCGAACGACAAGUACCACCUCAUCCGACUGUUUGGGAGCUUCGAGUUCAAGCAGCACCUGUGCUUGGUAUUUGAGCCGUUGGCCAUGAACUUGCGCGAGCUGUUGAAAAAGUAUGGCAAAGGCGUCGGCAUUCACGUCAGUGCUGUUCGUUCCUAUGGUAUGCAACUUUUCCUAGCUCUGCGGUUGAUGCAAAAGUGCAGCAUCAUCCACGCAGAUAUCAAACCAGAUAACAUUCUCGUCAACGAGGCCAAGACCAUGCUCAAACUGUGUGAUUUUGGUUCGGCGUCCGACGUUUCCGAGAACGACAUUACCCCUUACUUGGUGAGCCGAUACUAUCGAGCCCCGGAAAUUAUCCUAGGUCAACAGUACGACUACGGUAUUGACAUGUGGUCGAUCGGCUGCACGCUGUAUGAGCUGUACACGGGCAAGGUGUUGUUCCCGGGUCACACAAACAACAACAUGCUCAAACUUUUCAUGGAUUUCAAAGGCAAGCCAUCCAACAAGUACCUUCGCAAAGGCGCUUUCAAGGACAAGCAUUUUGAUGCAGAUUUCAAUUUGCUGUUUGUUGAUACUGACAAGAUUACGCAAAAGCAAAUCAUCCGCCCAACGAACAAUGCCCAGCCAACGCGUGACUUGCUGGCAUCCAUGAUCGGGUCGGCUCGCUUGAAUGAGGCGGAACUGCGUCGAGUCACGCAGCUUGCAGAUCUAAUCGACCAGUGCCUCGCUUGGGAUCCCGCUCGCCGCAUCUCUCCAUCCGCUGCAUUGUCGCAUCCCUUCAUUUUGGCCUCCAAGUGACACGUCUCUGCACGAGUCAGUGGUCCCCAAUAAUGGCGAUAAUUGCGGGUGCGAGAGGGCCAAAGUGGCAACAACGCGUUUUGGUGUUUGCUACGCAUCCAAUGACACCAAGCAGGGGGUCCUUGAAGCAGUAAAACGCAAAUAAAAUGUCAAUUCAGUAAUCAUCA